CCCUUCCUUUCCUGUAGAAGCUUACUGCUUGUUUCGUCCUGCAGCUAACGAGCCAAGUCCGUCUUUUUGUAUUGGAAACUUUAAUUUACUUUUUUCAUAUAUUUCUCCUUUUCUGUUGUAGAUUUCUUUAAUUGAAGAUGACAGACCGUUACAACAUCCACAGUCAGCUGGAGCAUCUGCAGUCCAAGUACAUUGGCACUGGCCACGCUGACACCAGCAAAUGGGAAUGGCUGGUUAACCAGCACAGAGACUCAUAUUGCUCAUACAUGGGCCAUUUCGACCUGCUAAAUUACUUCGCCAUCGCUGAGAAUGAGAGCAAGGCUCGGGUUCGCUUUAACCUGAUGGAGAAGAUGCUGCAGCCAUGUGGCCCACCUACUGACAAACCCGAAGAUGCUUAGGGAUUGACUUCUUGGACUGGGCACCUCCUGGGUGCUCUAACUCCUCUUGUUUGAGGACCAAUGAAUGUUCUCUUUUUUUAUUAUUAUUAUUAUUACUCUGUUUUGGGGGAGAAUAUUGAAUUUAGUUGUUUGACCACAAGUGUUUUUAAAGAAAAUAAAGUUGAAAAUGUGUUACCCUUACACAAA